UGCUGUCGCCGUGCUCCAUUUUGCAGCAGUGAUCCUGCUGCUUCCAUUCGUGGUACGGCAUCUGUGCAUAAAGUUGUAAAAUACCACUAAUUUAAAGUCGAGGAGGUAUUUUUCCCGACAGAACGAUGGCGGACCCAUCUGCAGACCUGGAGGUUCCCGAGGGCGCCGAGGUUCGCAAACUGUCCGAGCUGAGAGUGAUCGAUCUGAAGGCCGAGCUGAAGAAGAGAAACCUGGACACGACGGGCGUGAAGAGCGUUCUGUCGGAGCGACUGAAAAAGGCAAUCGAGGACGAGGGUGGAAAUCCAGAUGAGAUUAUCGUCGCCCCGGAGUCUGCUCCCAAGAAGGCUAGCAUUACACCGAAACGGGCCGCUAAAGAUACCAGGCCUGACAAUGAUGAACCAGAGGACAACACUCUGGAGGAGGAUUCCCAUGAUGGGCAUCAGGAUCUCCAGGAGGAUUAUGAGAACAUGCAGGAGAUGGACAUCCUUGACAUGAAUGUUCUAGAUGAGACGGAGAAUGACAAUGGAAUACCAGCAGAGGACGACGAGGAUUUUUACACAGAGGAAGACGCAUUGUUGAAUGAUGAACAUGACUUCAGGACUUUUGAGUCAGAGGAUGAAGCAAAAGGUCCAGAGAUGGACGAUGCUGAGCUGUUGGACAAGGAUGAAGAAAUGACAUGUUCAUCCAUCGAUAUGGCUCAGGAUCCAGAUGCAGACGACAGGAAAGAAGCAGAAGAAAAUGACAAAGUAGCCGGGUCUUGUUUAUCUGAGCCGCUUAACGAAGAUCGCCACCAGAGCCACGGGACGAGCCCUGAAGAAGAGGAUGCUGCCACCGCCACAGGGGAAGACAGUGUGCCCAGCAAGCCCGCCUCUGGAGAUGUGGAGGACGACAAGGAUGUUGUGGAGGCCGACACCAAAGAGGUUGGGGACGCUCAGAAAAUCCCAGAAGAGACAUUUGACGCUGAAAACAAAAGCUCGCAGGCUGUUAGUGUAAGCGAACAGGGCGGCGUGGGUGAAACUGUUGAUUCAGAAAUGGGGUCUAAGAAGGGUGAGGAGGACGAGAAGACAGAAGAGAAAGCUGCUGCGGAUCCAACACUGAAAGAGUCCUCUUCUGUAGAGGGCGAUGAUCAGACAAAGAGCUCUGAGGAAAACGAUGGCAAAACCGAGACAAAAGAUGAAAAGGCCGCUGGAAGUGGUGCUGCAGCAAGCAGUAGCAGGAAUCUGUGGGUCAGUGGUCUCUCUUCCACUACCAGAGCGACUGAUCUGAAGACGCUUUUCAGCAAAUAUGGCAAGGUUGUUGGAGCUAAAGUGGUGACCAACGCCAAGAGCCCUGGCGCUCGCUGCUACGGCUUCGUCACCAUGUCGUCCACAGAGGAGGCCACCAAGUGCAUCAGCCACCUUCACAGGACGGAGCUCCAUGGCAGGAUGAUCUCUGUGGAGCAGGCUAAAAAUGAGCCUGCAGGGAAGAAGCCAGCAGACAAGAAUGACACCAAGAAGUCUGGCAGCGAUAGGAGACACUCCUCUGACUCCAAGUCUGAUGGAAAAGAUGAGAAAUCUGAGGGAGAAGGAAAAGAUGGAAAAGGGCGUAAUGAGAGGACUGUAGUUAUGGACAAGUCCAAGGGAGAACCAGUUAUCAGCGUUAAAACCAAAAGCAAGGAGAGGAGCUCAAAGAGUCGCGACCGUAAAUCACCCAGCAAGGAGAGGAAAGACAUCUUGUCAUUUGACCAGAUCAAGGAGCAGAGGGAAAGGGAGAGGCAGAGGCAACGGGAGAGGGAGAUCAGAGAGGUCGAGAGACGCCGAUACACCGGCCGUGAUCGUGACAACCGCCCAGACCGCGAGCGUGAACGGAUCCGUCUUUUCCGAGAGAGUGAAGAGAGGAAGCACUUGUUGCGGAAGAGACACUGGCUGGAGACGGAGAAGCAGCGCCUCGAUGCAGACCGUAUGGAGCGUCAGUUCCUGGAGCGUGAACGGCUACGUAUCGAGUACGAGAGGCGGCGCGAGCAGGAGAGGAUCCUCAGAGAGCGCGACGAGCUUCGACGGCAGCAGGACCAGCUGCGAUACGAACAGGAUCGACGCCCCCUGAAGAGGCCUUAUGACAUGGACGGCAGGAAAGAUGACUGGCCUGAUAAGCGCAUGGGCAUGGAUGACCGUUACGGCCGCUCAGACUUCGGACGCCAAGAUCGCUAUCAGGACUUCGAUCACAGAGACCGGGGCCGUUACCAAGACGACAUGAUGAUGGACAGGCGGGACAACGCUCGUGGUAUGGGCGCCGACAGAGACGGUCAGCACUUCUCAGACAGACACGGCAGAGAAGGCAGAGAUUCCUGGGGAGGCUACGACAAGCGAAUGAAUCCCAGGGAAGGCGGCCGUGACUGGGACUCCGGCCGUAAGAUGGAUGGAGACAGGCCAUGGCAAGGUCGAGACGGUGCUAUUCCAGGCCAGAGCCACAUGGCGCGUGGAGGAGGAAUGGCUGGACGUGGAGGCUACAUGAACACGGGAACAUCUCAGUCUCUCUCCGGAGCUCUGAACAGACAGAACCAGCUGAUGCAGGGCGGCGGGAUGCAGGGUGGAGCUUUCGGUCGACGCUACUGACCGCUUGUUUUUGUACAGGAGUUCAUUAUAUUGCCACAUUUCCCAUCCAUUUUUGAUGUAAACAUUGAUAUUUUUUUUCUGGUCUAUUUUAGGUUUGUUUCAUUGUCGUUUUUGGGCACUGUAGUGUAUUUAUCAUUCAGUGCGACCCACCUUGUUUGUACAACAGCCGUCUUGUGUAUGUGAGCUGGCCCUUGUGUUGGAGAAUACGCUGUGUGUAAUAAUAAUAAAUUCAGAUGUUUAUUAGACACUUGGGUUGAUCAGUUUCACCUCGCCAGUCUACUUCCUGCAUCGGUCAGUAGCUUUCUGUUCUCCAGGCUCCUUGUUGACGUCGUUUUUAAUACACCCACUCGGUUCAAUUUUUGCUGCAGAUGAAAAUAAAAAAGGUUUUUUAAAUUCAAUGUCACCUUUUGAUUAUCCGUGCUCAUUAGGCUUCUUUUUACAAAGUGUUUUUCCAGCCAGAUUUGUGAUAAAUUCUGAAAGUCGAUAUGUGGUAACUGAAAUGUGUUUUUAGUUUUGUGCAUAAAAGAUGUUCUGUUUAUUCUUGUCCUUUAGUUGAAUGUGUGUUUUUUUUUUUCUUAACACCACGAUCGGCACAGUGAUAGAACAGCUGGUGUCUUGUAAAUUCACAGGGUGACAUUACAAUAAAGGAUUUUUCAUCA